AUGUCGUCUCCGGGUGGUGUGGUUCUCCGCCCGCGAGCCUUCGAUCAGUUCGGAGGAGACGAGGCAGCAAUGCGAAAAUGGGGCAUGGAUGAGUCGGCUGCGCUCAUGAAGCCAGACGAGAAAACUGGCAUGGUUUUUGCUGAGAAGACUGCAUUGAUGAUUGCGUAUGAACGGCAGCUUGAGUCGGAACGACCAGCAACCGAGCGGUUGUUUGACGACUGGCUGGCCAAGGCCAUGUGCGACGAAGACGACAAUGCGAACGUAGGCAAGCGAGUAAGUGAUUGCAUGGCCGUCGGUCUGAAAGCGAUCUUCGACCCGACGGAUAACAUCGGGUUUGGCUUCGAAGGCCACGUUCAGUACACAGCAGCGCGCACGUGCCUGAUUAACGAUCAUCUUUCGAGAUGGCUUGAAAAGCAGAAAGGUGAGGCCUCAGGGGCUUCAGAGGGUUCAAAGCUCAGGAAGCAAAUCUUGAACUUGGGCGCCGGCCUGGAUACACGCCCGUUUUGGCUGGAGACCCUGGCCAGUGCCGACAGCUUCGUUGAAGUGGACACGACGCCCAUUUGCGAAUGGAAGGCUAGGAUCCUCGAGAAAGUUGAGGCCAAGAAAGGUGCGCUCUCACCAGUGUGCAAGCGCCAAGUAGUUCCCAUGGAUUUUGCAAAAGAGUCGGUGAAGGACCUGCCCAGUCACGGCGUGAACUUUGUCGAGACUGUGUGCUGCUGGAUCCUGGAGGGCCUCAUCAUGUACCUGAAAAAGGAGGAGGUAGACGCAAUGCUCCGGGAAAUCUCCGACUUAAGCUCACCGGGGUCAUACCUCAUGCUGAACUUUAUGAAGGGAAGCCCAUCAGCCGACCCUGACACAACACACGCCCUCCUGACAGAGAAGGGUUGGGAGCGAGAAGCCCUCCUUUACUUUGGAGAACCAGGCUUCAGCUAUGGACGCUACCCUCCCGACAAGCCGGCCAAUGCUAGCUUUGGCUUCAGCUUUUACACCAAGCGCUGA